GGGAGUCAAAGAGGGAGCACGGCUGCGCUCUUUGACUCCAAAACACUCACGCACGGCGCUAGCAUUCCACCUUCCCGUCAUCUUUACCAACAUCCAACCGUAGCAGCACCUCCACCAGCCGUGCUGCUCCACUCUGAGGGGAAGAGGAGAAGUCGUAUCGGGGCAGCCACGGUUCCAAACCAGAGCGCUCUGAAUGCGGAGAGGAAUUACAGCGGGAGAGAAAGACGAGGAGGACGGAAGUUUUUUACCCUCGUGGGGAGCUCAGGACGCACCGGGACUGAUCUACUUCAAACUUGGACACCAGGAUCUGAGUGCUGACGGUGACGUUUUGGACCUCCUACCUCUCCAUCAGGAGAGGAGAAGCCUGACACUCUCUGCUGUUGGCUAAAAACUGGGUGGCUGAGGAACUAGGAUAUUCUGAAUGGUUGAGCCCAGCCCUCCAGCACUGCACCUCCUCUCUGGUGGGGAUGUCAGCAUGGCGGGUAUCGGUGUCAAAGUAGAACAGGAGGAGUCUGGUGGAGCUGCUGGACACAUUACCAACGUGGAACCUCCUAAGGCAUCUCCUGCAUGUGAUUGGUCAGCUAAUAAUCCACUGGAGGCCCGCCAACUGACCCCACCGCUCUCCUGCUCCCCCUUGGAGGGCUCUCCAGGUAAAGAGCUGCAUCACAGACAAAGCCCCCUAGGGCUCAAGGAGGCCCGGAAACAGGACAGACCAGAAGGACAGUCCAACUUCAAGGAAGUAAUGCCCACCAUUGAGAAGCUGCUGAACGCUGACUGGAAGGAGAAACUUCUGGAUAAAAGCACAGGGGGAGCAGGACAACUGAAAGGAACUCCAGAGUCUCUGGCAGAGAAGGAGCUCCAGUUGUUGAUGAUGAUCAACCAGCUGAGCGGUCUGAGGGAGCAGCUUCUAGGUGCUCACUCUGAGCAGAGGAACAUGGCCGCCCUGCUGCUGGAGAAACAGCAGCAGCAGAUGGAGCUCGCUCGACAACAGCAGGAACAGAUCGCCAAGCAGCAGCAGCAGCUGAUCCAGCAGCAGCACAAGAUCAACCUGCUUCAACAACAGAUCCAGCAGGUGAACAUGCCCUACGUGAUGAUCCCGGCUUUCCACCCCAACACACAGCCCCUCCCGGUCACCUCUGAGCCCCAGAUAACCUUACCGCUCCAACCAAUCCCCUGCAAGCCAGCCGUGGACUAUCCCAUGCAGCUGCUGCAGAACCCUCACCCCACCCCUGUCAAGAGGAGCAGUGGUUCCUUCCGACAGGAAGCCAGUCAGCCCUUGAACCUGACCUCCAAGCCAAAGGGGCUGGAGCUUGGCAAAACACCCAGUCCACAGAGCAUGGAACUGGGCACGCUGGGGCUGCAAGGGGCUUACAGACCCAGGGAUCUGCACAGAGAAGUGUCCCACAGCCCGCCACGUUCGGCACUCAGUUUCCUUGGAGAUGGCGACGUGGUCACUCAGGCCAUCCACGAUGCCCAGAUGCUCCUGAGGAGUCACAACACGGGAGGGCGAGAGAGGGAGAGAGACAGGGAGAGAGAGAGAGAAGGCAGUGGGAAAAUGGAGUAUAAAGGUUCUCCUUGCAGCGAGAGAAUUUCUCACUCUGAGCGGCGUGAAGACAGCCAAGGCCUGCUGCCCACUGAGGACCACCUCAGCAGUGACUCUGAGGGUGCCCUGCCCGUCUCAGUCACAGGCAGCUAUGCUGAGGCACGGCCCCCUCCCUCCUCAGGCCACAUCAAGAGACCCAUGAAUGCCUUCAUGGUGUGGGCCAAGGACGAGCGCAGGAGGAUCCUGCAGGCCUUCCCCGACAUGCACAACUCCUCCAUCAGCAAGAUCCUGGGCUCCAGGUGGAAGUCCAUGUCCAACCAGGAGAAGCAGCCUUACUAUGAAGAGCAGGCGAGGCUGAGCAGGCAGCAUCUGGAGCGUUACCCAGACUACAAGUACAAACCCCGGCCCAAACGGACCUGCAUUGUGGAGGGACGGAGAUUGAGGGUCGGGGAGUACAAGGCCAUGAUGAAGAGCAGGCGGCAGGAGCAGAGAGCCACCUACACACACAGUCAAUCAGAACCGCAGCAAAUCCACUAUUCCCACAGUGACGGCCAGUACCCGGGUAACACCAGCUCAGUCUCGGUGGCAGCCAUGCCCUUUCACCCUGCGUUAUUGGAGCAUUACCUGCCACAGGUUCCACCCCCACCACGUCGAGCAGAAGGCCAAGCCACGCCCACCUCCCUACCCAGAGAGAGGGAGAGGGAACGAGAGAGGGAGCGGCCUCCGUACAGCGAAGGAGAGGAGAGUGAUGCAGGAGACAGGAGUGAGGGUGAACUGGUGUUACUGACAGACUGAAGGGAGACAGAAAGAGGAAGAAGUGAAUGAUGGAGGUGUGGGGUGAGAGGGGAGGUUGGCUCAGGAGGGAGGGGUUUUUUAUUGGCUGACAGUCAGAGAAGAAGAGUGGGAUUGAGUUGUCCUGUCUGUUAAUCAAAAUGAAGAUGUGGUUAAAACAAGAAAAAAAGAAAAAACAUCAUACUUACCCUUGUAAAUUGUUUUUAGUAAAACGCACACAUGCACAUAAACGCACACAUGAAAAAGGAAAGCUGUUUCCUCACAUAGUUCCUUUCUUUAACACGUCAUCAGCUGCUUUGUUUCAGAAUGUUUUCUUUCCUUGUUGACUUUGUGCAAAUUAAACUCCACACACUGAUUUCCACCUGUUUGGGUAACAGGCAUGCAUAAGAGCUUCAUGUUAUCAGUGCGGCAGUGCUGCCCUCUGCUGGUUAAGGCUGGUAAAAACAAAGACCUAUGAUAGGGUUUCUGCUCAUUUUUAUGCUGUUGAGUGUUGAUAAAGAGAAAUCAUUUUACAUCUUAUUAGUCUCACUAAUGUGUAGGGUUGUCUGAAAUGUCUGCCAUCCAAAGUAUGAUGACUUAUUGAACUUCAGGUGAAGUUUCCUCCUUUAAAAAAUGAGAAAUAUUAGAGAUAUUUAAAGCACUUCAUUGAAGGGGGCCAGUAUUUUCACCUUCAGCGAUUACACUUGUUGUUUACGCCUCAAAAACACUGGAUUUUACACUUCCCAUAAUGCAAUGUGAUGAACUUGACAAAAUUAUUUUGUCAGACUUCUUUGUGGCUUUAGAAAAAUUGGUUCAGGACAUAAAGUAACAAAAAAAUCAACAGUUGCCAGGUAAACAUAGGGGUGUCUAACUGAUAGUUAACCUCCACUAAAACUGUUCCUAUGUAAGUUAGAGAACACAAAAUGAGUACUUUGCAGAGGCGAUCACUCAGUAUUGUGCAAUAUUAAAUACCCACAUGGUCAUUAACUCACAGUUAUUCGUUACUUCAGCCUUUCCCAAACUUUAGUGCACUGCAGCCCAAUCUGAGACCUGAAAAUCUUCUGGGGCCCAUCAAAAAAUCCUUGUACAACCAUAACAUGGGACUCAAAUAUUUUAUUUAUUAUAUAUUUUUUUUUUGUUAAACAGGAAUUUCAAUGCAAGAACUUGGCUUUCCUGGACAUUAACCUCACUCAAAAAGUGUUUGUGGGGUCACAGAGUACAAUUAAUGACCCACUGCCAUUUAUUUUGUUUUGAUUAGGCAUCUGCAAAGUCACCUAGAUUUUAUUUUUUAAUAUUCUCUUGAAACUCUUCCUAGGUAACAUUUAUGUCUCUAUAGACUAAUGAAUUCUUAAAAAUCUGGAGUGGCAUAAAGGAAUGUUUCACAGAGUGCCACCAGUUAAUCCAGCACCUCUUCAGCCAUGACACCGGCUAUCAAACAUCAGACAAAAUAAAUGAUAAAAGAAGCUAGAACUUCCAGCUCUGUUUUGUUACUUCUGAGACUUAAAAUAAUAACAUAAAAUCACAUUUUUAUGAUAGUUUAAAAAUAUAGAUGUUCUUGUUAUUAUCUAAUUGAUUUUUGGUUAUUGUAAAUGACCUCUCGCAGCCCACCUGCAGCACCUCUGUGGCCCACACUUUAAGAAGCACAGCGUUACUUUAGUAAAUUUGAUGAGGAGGUACUCCCCGUCUAGUUGUUCAGUAAUAGUUAACUAUCAAUUAAGUCUUCAUUGGUUUAACUAGUUCUACAUCUUCAGCAACUUAUCCUACUGUUGCUUUCUAUUAAGUAGGGCUUACAGACAUUUCACCUUUAUUCUCUUAUAUCAUGAUCCUUUUACUGCUGUUAAAUUAAAGUCAACAUUUUCGCUCUACCCUCCUACUUCCUUGUUUUCAUUCACAAUAAGAAAUGGUCUGUAACCAAACAGGAAGUCAGUACCCUCAGUUUAAGACAGUACAAACAUGCAAAAUUAAACUAAAAUGAAAAAAAAAAUCUUACUUUCAAAUGCAGAAUCAUGAGAUCAUGCAAAUCAACUGCAUAAAUCAUGAGAUUAAUAAUUAAUUAUAUAAUAAGUGAGUCACCUGACAGCCCUACUAUUAAAUAAUUGGUAAAAAACUAAACGAAUUCAAUGAGGACUAACCAUCUACAUGUAAGUAAUGGUUAAGUAGCCUUUAAUCCCUAAUUCAUUCUCUGGUAAAGUAGCCGUUAGUAACUCAGUCUUUACCUGGUAACUGUGCCAUGUAAUAUGUACCUUACGGUAGUGUUACCGAUAACACAGCUGUUUUUCUAGGAGGAUUCUUAGAUUUAGUGUGUGCAGAGAAGCCCUGACAUAGAUACCUGCAACCUGGAAACGAAUCACCACAGCCUUCCAAAAAACAGUUAAAUAUACAGCUUUUAUUUUCCUCUUGGAAAAAUAGCCACAGACUUGUUUUCAUUAAGACCAAUCAUCACUUCUAAAGACAAUGUUGAACUUUAAUUUACUUGUUUGUAACAGAGCUGUGAUUUCUGACACACAUGAAAUUGGUUGAAAAAUGUCUCUUUGAAUUUAUGAUUCAUCAGAGUGUACAUGGAGUUUUUCGGGAAGUUGAAAACAGGAAGAAUGCCGUAUCUAACAAGCCCAGGUAACACCUUAUAAUAAGGUACAAAUAAAUGGGUAGAGUUACAAAUGAGGUACCAUCUGCUAGUUCAUCAGUAAACAGAACAUGGCUUAAUGAUUCAGUUUUGAGCAUCCAUGUGAUGAUCUCCUUAUUUUGGUGAGGUGUCAUUCACUAGCUUCCUGUUAGCUUGUGGCUAAUAGCAGUUAAGGCAGUUAGGCCCUUAUUUUUUUCAAGCUAACUAUUCAAAUUCUAGAGUACCUUAUCAAACAGUCAUUAUCUGAUAUAAAUGUAGGGUAACUCACCACCUACAUGCUGACUUAACUAGCAGUUUAUUCCUCAGUCCUGACCUGAUUAACUGGACUAGCAGUUAUUAAAUUGUUCUCUGGUUAACCUGCAGUUAUUUACUCAUUUGUACCUCUUGACAGUGAUCAUUUUUGCACACCUUAUUGUAAAGUGUUAUCCAACCCUCAUCUCCUCUCCCCACACAUCCCCCAGUUUGGUUGAACUGUGCUGUAAAUGCUGUAUUUGUGUCCAUCAGCCCCCCCUGUGGGCAUGGUAGGGCGACCUGGGCCUGGUCUUUUUUAUACCUCUGUGUUUGCUUCUUGGAUAGUUCAUUGAUUGUUGUGUUGAAUUCCCCCUAUCUGUGCAUCCCCAUUGUUUUUUUUUUCUAUUGCUGCUUUUGAAAUGCAGCCUCCCAGAUCACUGCAGGAAAUUAUUUCUUUAAAUAUGUUUAUGCAUCGUCUUUCAGAUAGGCUUUUUUUUUUUUUUUUUUUAAGGAAUUGUCAUUUUCUUUGUACCUGUGCGUCAAAUCUCGUUCUAAGAUUUAAAUAUUGUGACAUUUCUCUGGAGCUGCACUGGAGUCAGUUUCAGAUUUAAAGACUGAAAGUAAGAUGCAUUUUUUGCAGUGACAGAUCAAUUGAUCUCUCACUUUAGUAUGAAGUUCCAUCAUCAACAAUCAACCGCUUUUUCUUACUUUGAUUCUUUUUUUCCUUUGUUGUUUAUUUUUCUGUUCAGCAGAAAACUAACAGAGAGGCUAAUCAUCUGCAAAUCAUACAUUAGAGCAUUAGCUGAAUAUCACUGAUGAUGAUGUUCUUUUCAAUCCCCUCCAACAGGAAAUAUAAAGAUUGGAUAAAUCACAUUUAAUGGAUUUGAGCUGUAAACAGGGAGAGAAAUCCUUAAAGAGCUUUCUCAAUGUACCACUGAUCAUCAGGAUGAGAGUAAAGACACCAAAGUCAUGAGAAAGUCAUUUUUAAUGUGGUGUUUUUGCAAUUGCACAAUUCAACAGGCAUAUUCUGCACAAUCGAUGAGGAGAGUCAAGACAGGCUUUUUGUUAGUGCAACACCAGCUAAAUAUUGUGAGACUGUCCUUUUUUUUUCAUUUAAAUCGUGAUGAGUUUAUAAGAUAAAUGCAGCUUUGCUGUUUUGCCAAAGGCAUUGGUAGAUAACAGCAAAUAUUAUAAAAAGUCUUGAAAGUGCUGAGGACUGCCUAUGUACGUCAAGGAAGCACUUGUGUAGCUGUAAUCAAAUAGAGCCAUAGUGAACAGAACUGAAUGUUGUACAUGGUCAGUAGGAGUCUGUUUUUUUUUUUACCUUUUGACGGUGUCUUUGCUCUCAUCACUUUACCACAUUAACCUAAAAGACAAUUUGACAAAAAAAGAAGUUAAAGUAUAAGGUUGCUGUCCACUUAACUACAAGGAUAACAAAUCAAAAUAUCAGAAACAGAUUUCAAAGUUGAGAGUUGGGGUCCAUCCUGUCCAGUCAUGAUCGAGUAUAUGUAGGGUAAAGAUGCUGGAUUAUGUGCACAGAGAUUGAUAUCAGAGGAAAAUGUUCACCUUAUUUUAUGCUGAGGAGUCACCUGUCGUUUCCCCUGCUGAUGUAAAUAUAGAAAGAGACUUUAUUUUGUUUAUAAGAGCUUGUGUAA